AUGUCGCCAGCAGCUGGUCAACGCCUGCGCCUUCGAACGAUCGCAACACACUUCAUUACUCCGCCUUCGUCCGCAACCCCUGAAAUGGUCGUGUGCGAGAAGAACGCAAGGCACAACGAGAUUGGCGUCCAGCAGGUCUCGGCGCAUGUUCAUUCGCAGCUCUUUCCAACGACAAGGUCUGCAAAACCUGAUGAACAGCUGAUCGCAUUAUCGCGACAGCACCUUUCGCGACACGAACUACUGGGAAAGACAAGCGACGGUUCAGAGCCUAUCGGCUUUGACCUUCCGCGGCUGCAUGGAGCCUCGCUGGACGAGCACUUCUAUAAGCUAGGAAUGGACAGUGCUGAGCCUUAUCUCAGUCUGGCCAGGAAAUACGCGAGAGCCUCGCCUCCUGCCAGACCUCGUCGAUGGGUGCAGAGGAGCGGAUGGACUAAGUACUACGCGGAUGGCAGCUCCGAAGCUGUAGACUAUCCACAUGAGGAGGUAUUGACAUUCGACACUGAAGUCAUGUGGCAUGAGACUAGUUUUCCUGCAAUGGCUUGUGCCGUAUCUGCAACUCGUUGGUAUGCGUGGUUGUCACCGUGGCUACUGGGAGAGAGUCAGAGUGAUCGACACUUGAUUCCAUUUGGUCCUCGCGACAAGUCUCGAAUCGUCGUCGGACACAAUAUUGGAUAUGAUAGAGCCCGUGUGCUGGAAGAGUACAACUUGGAACAAUCGCGAAACUUUUUCGUGGACACGAUGAGCUUACACGUUGCCGUAAAUGGCAUGUGCAGCAGACAGAGGCCGACGUGGAACAAGCAUAGGAAACAGCGGGAUUUGCAAGAUAAAAUCGCUGCUGCUGACGAGAGUGCCGAUCUGGCGUCACUGCUCGAAUCUGGAAAGGCUACUUUCGACGAAGAGGCGGACCUAUGGGUCGGGCGAGCUUCAGUCAACAGCCUGCGGGACGUUGCCAAAUUCCAUUGUGGAAUCACGAUUGAUAAGGCCAGACGAGAGUGGUUUGGCGAACUUGACCGCGACGGUGUUGUUGAGAAGCUGGAAGAACUGCUUGACUACUGCGCAGCCGACGUCGAGAUCACACACAAAGUGUACAAAAAGGUUCUUCCACUAUUUCUUGAGACUUGCCCCCAUCCGGUUUCGUUCGCUGCACUUCGGCAUCUAUCGAACGAGAUCCUGCCUGUCAACAAGGGAUGGGACGCGUACAUUGCGAACGCAGAGGCGACGUACCACAAACUAUCUUCCGCCGUUCAAGAAAGGCUCGUUGGGUUGACGGAGAAAGCUUUGGAAGUGAAAGAGCAGCCUGAGGUUUACCGGAACGAUCCCUGGCUUUCACAGCUUGACUGGAGUGGCCAAGAAAUCAAGAUGGUCAAGGGCAAGAAGAAGGGAGAUCCUCUGAGACCGGCUGCGCGACAGAAGAAGCCAGGCAUGCCGCAGUGGUACAAAGAUUUGUUCACUUCCAACGAUGCUGACAUCAAUCUCUCUGUUCGCACGCGAAUGGCUCCGAUAUUGCUCAAAAUGGCGUGGGAUGGCCACCCACUCAUAUGGUCCGACAAAUACGGCUGGUCGUUCAGGGUGUCUCACUCUGAAGCUCAGAAAUACCGCGAUGCAGCGAUGACCCAGUGCGACAUGCUGGAGGAAGAGAACUUCGCUUUACGUGACGACCUCGAUCACACAUACUUCAAACUCCCUCAUAAAGAUGGUCCUGAGGCUCGAUGUACCUCGCCAUUAGCCAAGGGCUAUUUGCAGUUUUUCGAGAAUGGCACCCUUUCUUCGAAAUAUGCAUACGCGAAAGAGGCUUUGGAGAUGAACGCGUCAUGUUCGUACUGGAUCAGCGCCCGCGACCGAAUCAUGUCUCAGAUGGUGGUGUACGAGAGCGAGAACCGUGACACCUCCGCCGAGGAGGACGGCCUCGGAUACAUACUUCCCCAAGUGAUUCCGAUGGGAACCAUUACUCGUCGCGCUGUUGAGAACACUUGGCUUACGGCUUCUAAUGCGAAGAAGAAUCGCGUUGGCUCCGAGCUCAAAAGCAUGAUUACGGCACCCCAAGGAUAUUCCUUUGUCGGUGCUGACGUCGACAGCCAAGAGCUCUGGAUCGCAUCUCUCGUCGGAGAUGCCAGCUUCAAGAUUCAUGGCGGAAACGCUAUAGGAUUCAUGACGCUGGAAGGCACCAAAGCUGCUGGGACCGACUUGCACUCGCGGACUGCAAAGAUAUUGGGCAUCUCACGGAACGAUGCCAAGAUCUUCAAUUACGGUCGCAUCUAUGGGGCAGGCUUGAAGUUCGCACAAUCCCUACUCAGACAAUUCAAUCCAAGCCUGUCCGAAGAGAAAGCCAAAGAGAUCGCGACGAACCUGUACCAGGAGACUAAAGGCACCAAAUCAAAGAGCAAGCACAUUCGCGACCGACAAUUCUGGCGUGGUGGUACUGAGUCGCUGGUCUUCAACAAGCUUGAGGAUUUUGCAGAACAAGAACGUCCUCGCACUCCCGUCCUCGGCGCUGGUAUCACGGAAGCUUUGAUGCGUCGUUUUAUCAGCAAAGGAGGUUUCAUGACCAGUCGCAUCAACUGGGCCAUUCAGUCUUCCGGCGUUGACUAUCUGCACCUGCUCAUCGUCAGCAUGGAGUAUCUCUGCAAGCGAUACAACAUCGAUGCACGCUUGGCUUUGACAGUGCAUGAUGAAAUUCGCUACCUUGCAAAGGAUGAAGACAAAUACCGUACCGCCAUGGCAUUGCAGGUCGCUAAUGUCUGGACACGAGCAAUGUUCAGCCAACAGAUGGGCAUUGACGACCUGCCGCAAAGCUGCGCCUAUUUCAGCGCCGUAGAUAUUGACCACGUCCUGCGCAAAGAAGUCGACAUGGACUGUGUGACACCAAGCCACCCGACCUCAAUUCCACCAGGUGAAAGUCUGGACAUCAUGCAGCUGCUCGACAAGGGAACACAAGCAUAUCUGGAUCCUGCCGUGGUACCCAGGAUAGCACCUCAACCAGAUUGUUACGAAUAUACGUACCGAGCACCGGUCAUGGAGAGCUUGUCGAAUCAGAACGCCAUGCAAUACUUGCAAGCUCAAGUGGCCUCGUCCGCUGCGGAGCUCAACAAGAUUGUUCGGGAGGCCAAAGGUAUUACAUCCAACACUGGACUCGUGCUCACAGCAUUCCAAAUUGUCGUUCGAGGUCCAGAAGAACACUGCGAGAGCAAAGCUCGCUGUUAA